CUGCUCCACUCAGGGGUCCCACGCUCUCCCUCCUCACCAUCUUCUCCACCAGAAAAGUUGCUUUCCCUCCCCACCGCCGACCUGCAGAUAGGUUCGUGCAGGGUCCUCAGAGGAGAAGCAUGGAGAUUGGCAGCUGAAGGCCAGCAGAUGCCUCCUCGACUUCUGAAUCCUGGAUGGAUCCACCUGAGCGCCACGAGGUUUGGAGGAAUUCGGACCCUUUGAAGAGUUCUCCACCAAUAUGAUCGAAGAAUAAAACUUCCUGGACCUGAAUCAAGUCCGGACAGCUCCCCUUCGUGCAGGCGCAGGGAGUCGUGAUGAGCAGCCCUGCCUUCGCUCCCCGCUCGUGCUGAAGAUGAAGGUGAAGAUGAUGGUGGUUUCACCCAGCCAGCACUUGCCUGUGGAGGUCAGCUGAAGACGACGCUAAGUCUGGAUUAGCCGGCCCAAACGAGUUUCAAUGCUCCUCCACGUUCUAAGAUGAAGUUAUGGAAAAGUGCUACUUUCGCCUUCAUGCUCUGUGGUGCAGCGCUCUCCGUCCUGCUUGUUAAAAACAUGGCCACUCUCGGACACUCCAAGUCAAAGACCAGAACGCGGCACUCGUCUGCAUCGCCGUCCAAAACCUCGCUGUCGUCGGCCUCGUCGCUACACUCGGCCGCGGUGGGAUCCUCGUCCCGGUCCCUGGGUGGUCUACGCCGCCGCUCCCGCUCCACGGACAACAUGAACUCUCUCCUGUCAGAGUUUUCCACCAUAUUCCAGAGCUUCACGGAAGGCGAGCUGCAGCAUGUGGUCGGCACCUUACUGGACAGGAAGCGACGGAAGAGCUGGCGCCGCAGCGAGAGCCAGACCCGCAGGACUAAGCGAGCCCGCAGGCCGAAGCCCUGCUCUCUGAGGGAGCUGGAGCUGACGGUCAGCGAACUGGGUCUGGGCUACGACAGCGACGAGACGCUGCUGCUGCGCUACUGCAGCGGCAAGUGCACGGCCCACCGCCACAACUACGACAUCGCCAUGAAGCACAUGACGGAGGGCGGCUUCCAGAGGAAGGGCCGCAGAGACAAGGUCAGCAACGGCCCCUGCUGCCGGCCCACCGCCUUCGAAAAGGACUUCUCCUUCCUGGACAACCACAGUCGCUACCGCACCAUACAGAACGUUUCAGCCAAGCAAUGCGGGUGCGUAUGACCCGCGGCGAGACUCGUCGCUCCAGCAUGCUGCUCAGGGGAAGGAGUCAGACCCGAGGAGACGGGAACAUGGCUGCCACCUUUCUUGUUUUUUUUUUUACUGAAUGUGUGGACGAGAAUGAAGACGACAGAGAGUGACUGUUCAAAUGUCCGUGUAGUAACACUGUAAACUGUGGCAUGACGACAACAUAGCAACGUGCGAUAUCUUAGUUUUAGACUCUCGAUGACGAGUCAGGAGGAAUAGACAUUGCUGUUACGACACUUCCUUCUCCGGGGUCACAUGGUUUACAUUACUCCACAUCAUAAAAGUGCUUGACCAUUUUUCUAAAAACAGGACAAAAUUGCGUUUCCCGUUUUUGGACCGAUCCAAAAGUCGGUCGCUCCAAGUUUCUCUUUGUCAUUGCAGUGUUAUUACACAGGUAACAACUCAAGUAUUAUCCGAAUGUGACCAUGAGAGAAGGUUGUGCGUUUUGUAUAUCCUUGUGGCGUUUCACGACCAGCUCCCAAUCCUCUUGGACCUUCUGGUCGGGAUCCGGGCAAAUACUCACCAGCCUCCUGACAUUUUUUAGCGCUCAUCCCGAAUAAUCCUGGACGGUAAUUACCCAUAAUCCCCGGGAAUUAUUCCCCUCUGCCAAAAACUGGGCGAGUCAAUCCCGCUGAUGGACUCGCAAACACAUCCAAACUAGUUCCAGGUGAUGGAGCUUCUCCGGUGUCGACUCUGGAUGUAAUUUGUGAAAGUUUACACUGGGAGGUAAUCUGAGGCGAGAACGGAGUCGGGAUCUGGAAUUGCUUGUGCACCCAACCAUAAAACCCAGAACUAACCAAAGAGGCCGAGGCUUUUAUUGGCCCGUCACACGCCUGCUCCUCCUGUGGCCUGGUGGAGCCUCUGGGCGUCGGAAAGAAUAAGCUGUUGAAAGGAGCGUUUCACUUUCAGCCGACGUUGCUAGCUUUACAGCAUUUUAACUGCUUGCCUGAAGUAUCAGAAGUUACGUUUUCGUGUCGUCGUGUUCCCGAGGAGGUGCGGAGCGGGGAUGCAGUGCAUCUUUGUCCUAGUUGAUAUUUAUUUGGGAAGUAAAUUAUGGAUGUGCAUAUUUAUUUAGAUGAUCACACAGAAAUGGGACGGCUUAUUAUGACUAAGCUACUGUGCCAAAACAACGUUUUUAUCAUUUUAACAUUCUAU